GGAUCCAAACACUAACGGGUCAGGUAUUGCCGUUCUCGAUUGGAUUGUGCGACGCCGGCACGUGUGUGUAUAAAAAGGCCAGCGAGCGAGCGAGCGAUCGAGAACCUGGCCGGCUCGCAACUUACUGUCAGAGCCACUUCGUGUGUUUCUACCGCCCGCGCCACUCCAGACUCCAGAAUCCAGAGGCCAGAGCUUAUGCCAGUGAGGUAAGGGGAGAGGCAGCGAUCGACGUUGAGACAAAUGGCGGCGGUGGCGACGAUUAUCGUGUUGGCGGCGGUGGUUGGCACGGCUUCGGCGGCGGAGGAUGACAGCGGGAAGCUGCGGCAAGGGUUCUACGACCAGAGCUGCCCGCGGGCGGAGCAGAUUGUUCGACACUACAUGGAGCAGCACGUCCCCCACGCGCCCUCCGUCGCCGCCACCCUCCUCCGCACCCACUUCCACGACUGCUUCGUCAGGGGCUGCGACGGGUCGGUGCUGCUGAACGGGACGAACGGGAACGAGGCGGAGAAGGACUCGCCGCCGAACGCGUCGCUGCGCGGGUUCGCGUUCGUGGACCGCGUCAAGGCGGUCGUCGAGCAGGAGUGCCCCGGCGUCGUCUCCUGCGCCGACGUGCUCGCCCUCGCCGCCCGCGACGCCAUCGGAGUCAUCGGCGGCCCGUUCUGGCGCGUGCCGACGGGGCGGCGCGACGGCAGGGUGUCGCUGAAGCAGGAGGCGCUGGACCAGAUCCCAGGGCCAACCAUGAACUUCACCGACCUCCUCACCUCCUUCCGGAGCAAGGGCCUCGAGCUCCCCGACCUCGUCUGGCUCUCAGGGGCUCACACCAUCGGCAUCGCGCACUGCGACUCCUUCAGUGAGCGCCUAUACAACUUCACCGGCCGCGGCGGGCCAAGCGACGCCGACCCGUCGCUGAACCCGGUGUACGCCGCGAACCUCCGGCGGACCAAGUGUGCCACGCCGACGGAUAACACCACCAUCGUGGAGAUGGACCCUGGGAGCUUCCUCACCUUCGACCUCGGCUACUACCGCGGCCUGCUCAAGAGCCGGGGUCUGUUCCAGUCGGACCACGCCCUGCUAAUGGACGCGGCGGCGCGGGCCGACGUCGAGAGCAUCGCGAGCGGCCCGCCGGAGGUGUUCUUCCAGCUGUUCGCGCGGUCCAUGAUGAGGUUGGGCAUGGUGGACGUCAAGACCGGCGGCGAGGGCGAGAUCAGGCGGCACUGCGCCCUCGUCAACAGCUAGUGGCCGCCGGUGGAUUCCUGCACUCUGCGUGCGUCUUAGGUGGCGCAUGGACGGUGUGCGUUUGAAUGUCCUGUUACAUUUUACAUUUUUUGUGUAUUCCUUUUGUUUAUUCUCUCUCUUUUAAGGUGGUUUUUAGUUCUCGUCUAUAUUAUAAUAUACAUGUAUUUUUUACUAUUCUGUAAUAAAGGAACUAAAGUUAAAGGAUCGUGCUGAUAAUCCUUCGGAGGCUAGGAGCUCUCAAGCCUCCGGCUUCUUUGA